AUUUGUCAAAAAAAUAACCGAAUUUAAUUCUGUUCCAACAAAGUUAAUCGAAGCGAAUUUUUCAGAAAGUUCAAAACUGUUUCAUGUUUGCGAAUGUGGCCAUUGUAGAAAUGGUGAGGCGAGCCAAUUUUGGAAGAUUCAUGUUUCGAGCUUUCUCUGCCUCGUGCUUCCAUGGAAAACGCAGCAGGAGCUUUUCAGUUGCGAUGGAGCUCCAGAACCAAGAAGUUAAGAUAUGUAAUCACUUAAGGAACCGAAGACUUGAAGAAGCUCGAGAGAUUUUCAAUCAGGUUCCAUCUCCUCAUGUGAGUCUCUACACCAAGAUGCUCUCAGGCUACACGAGGAAUAACAGAUUGGUUGAUGCGUUGAAUCUGUUCGACCAAAUGCCUGUGAGAGAUGUUGUCUCGUGGAACUCGAUGAUCAGUGGUUGUGUUGAAUGUGGAGAUGUGGAUACUGCAGCGAAGCUGUUCGAUGAAAUGCCUGAAAGAAGCGUUGUUUCAUGGACAGCGAUGGUGAAUGGUUGUCUUAGGUCGGGUAAGAUUGAUCAAGCUGAGAGUUUGUUUUAUCAAAUGCCUGUGAAAGAUACUGCAGCGUGGAACGCGAUGGUUCAUGGGUAUUUACAGUUUGGUAAAGUAGACGAUGCAUUGAAGUUGUUUAGGCAGAUGCCUCGUAAGAACGUGAUUUCGUGGACGACAAUGAUCUGUGGGUUAGACCAGAAUGAGAGGAGUGGAGAAGCUCUCCUUUUGUUCAAGAACAUGUUGAGUUGUUGCAUAAAAUCGACUUCAAGAACAUUCGCUUGUGUGAUCACAGCAUGUGCAAAUGCUCCAGCGUUUCAGAUGGGUACACAAGUUCAUGGCUUCACCAUCAAGUCGGGGUAUUUAUAUGACGAAUAUGUAUCUGCUUCGCUCAUAACGUUUUAUGCAAACUGCAAAAGAACAGAAGAUUCUCGGAAGGUGUUUGAUGAGAAGGUUCAUGAACAAGUUGCGGUGUGGACUGCUCUAUUGUCAGGGUAUAGCCUGAACAAAAAGCACGAAGUUGCUUUAAGUGUUUUCUCUGAGAUGUUGAGAAACAGUAUCUUACCAAAUCAAUCAACAUUUGCUAGUGGACUAAACUCUUGCUCUGCUUUGGGAACAUUAGAUUGGGGUAAGGAAAUGCAUGGAGUUGCAGUGAAGCUUAUUUUAGGAACUGAUGCCUUUGUGGGUAAUUCUCUGGUUGUGAUGUACAGUGACUGUGGAAACGUCAAAGAUGCUGUUUUGGUGUUCACAGAAAUCUUGAAGAAGAGCACUGUCUCGUGGAAUUCCAUUAUUGUUGGCUGCGCACAGCACGGACGUGGAAAAUGGGCGUUUAUAAUAUUCGGCCAAAUGAUUCGGUUAAACAAAGAGCCCAAUGAGAUCACUUUGACUGGCUUGCUCUCUGCUUGUAGCCAUUGUGGGUUUCUACAGAAAGGAAGAAAGCUCUUUGAUUACAUGUCAACUGGACCAAAUCAUAUUGAUAGAAAGAUUCAACACUACACUUGUAUGAUAGACAUUUUGGGAAGAUGCGGGGAAUUGAAAGAAGCAGAGGACCUUAUCGAGAGCAUGCAUGUGAAACCUAAUGAAAUGGUUUGGUUGGCUUUGCUCAGUGCUUGUAGGAUGCAUUCUGAUGUAGACAGAGCCGAGAAAGCUGCUGCUGCCAUCUUUAAGCUGGACUCGAAAUCAAGCGCUGCUUAUGUCUUGUUGUCGAAUAUAUAUGCUUCUGCUGGGAGAUGGUCGAAUGUAUCGAAAUUGAGAGUUAAGAUGAAGCAAAAGGGGAUAAUGAAGAAACCUGGAAGCAGUUGGGUUGUCCUUAGAGGGAAAAAGCACGAGUUUUUCUCGGGUGAUCGACCAGAUAGCUUGAGAGUAUAUGAGAAGUUGGAGUUUCUGAGAGACAAGUUGAAGGAACUUGGCUACGUUCCUGAUUACCGAUCUGCUUUACAUGACGUUGAAGACGAACAAAAAGAAGAGAUGUUGUGGUAUCACAGUGAGAGGCUUGCUAUUGCAUUUGGGUUGGUUAAUACAGUUGAAGGAAGUACAGUCACAGUGAUGAAGAAUCUACGGGUUUGUGAAGAUUGUCAUGCAGUGAUUAAGCUGAUCUCAGGAGUUGUGGGACGUGAGAUUGUUUUAAGGGAUUCGUCUCGAUUUCAUCAUUUUAAAGGUGGAGCGUGUUCAUGUGGGGAUCAUUGGUAGAAUUUCAAAGAAAAAAAAAUUCGAUGCACAAUCGGUCACUGGAUUCUCUAUGCAGAUAACGUGAAGGACAACUAAAGAAACUACUGAUCUGAACUGCAGCCUAAUCUGGAAGGUUUUCAGUGGAGAACAUUGAACCCAAAAUAGAAGAGGGAGAGUCUCAGAACCAGAAUGAGGAUCACGCUCACGAUCAGAUGAAGAAGAAGAAGAAGCGGAUGAUAAUUAGUCAAAAAGUGUG